GUUAUUAUUCUAAGCAUAUCCAGACAUCGAGAGGCCCCUACCCAGAUAGAUUACUAUCAUAAUGUAAUUUAUACACAUACUGUAAUUUACACACAUAUGGUUUUAAGUCAAGAAUGAUGGAUGGAGACUUGUGGAUCCUGUUGAUAAUAACCUUUGACCUAGCCUUGUAAGCCUGAAUUCCUGUGAAAGGUUCACAUUUCUAUAGGCAAUCAUUCAUUCAUUCAUUUAAUUAGAAGUCUCAAGAAGGUCUUUGUGUGUAACUUACCAAAACAUCAUAACGUAUGGCUUUAAUCAUAGAUAUCGAAUAAUACUAAGUUACCACCUAUUUUUUCUUAGAUAACCAAUUAUUGUAAAGCAGGCAAACCUUAUGUCAUUAUGUAUACGCCCUAUGUAAUUGAAUUUUAAAUGUAUAUAAUCCAUUGCAGCUAGAAUACCAAUACCAAUAGAAUACCAAUACCUUUUAACAUCAAGCUUGGAUAAGAUCUAGAAGUGAAUAUACAUUGUCUAUUGGUCCAUAUGAUUUUAAACCAGACUUUUGUUGUUACCGGAUGAUGUGUAUAUUGUAAUAAAUAUACGGUUUUAACUGCAAGACACUCUGAUUCGAUUUGUUCAGAAAACUGGAAAACAAAUAUCUCACGGAAUGCAAAUUUCCUACAUUUAAUGGUGGAGAAUGCGGGCAACUUGGAUUUAAGUCAGAAGGCAACUUUGAGUUAAGUCUGAAUUAUUACUGACCUAAUAUUUAAGUGUUCUGCUACAAACUACAAGAAGACAAGAAGAUAAGAAAAUCGCUGAAGAAAAGUUGAAAUUGUUCUCUGAAGAAAAGCUGUAUUACCCGGCUUGAAACAGGAGAAAAACAAGAGACUAAUUGACACAGCAGGAUUGCAUCCCAAAGAUUCUUUGUUUAAACAUCCCAGGUCUGAUGCGAAGACGGAGGUGAGGCAGGGUGAGAAAGUCGUUCGAACGCGGCAGAUGUUUAUGUUCAGUACUGAAGCAAGAAUUUGAAGAUAAAUAAUUGAGAUGGACAAUCCGGGUCCUUUCUAUCCACACUUUAUCAAGUAAUUUGUGACGACUUGCAGAUCGAAGAUUGCAUUUCGGAGGAUUCUCAAGAAUAACUACAUAUUCCAGAAAGUAUUCUUCUAUCAGAAAGUGGCCAUAUCUGUGGAACCAGAGUACUUAAUGGGUAUGUGUCUUGUCUUAAAUCAUAUGUAAAAAGUGCUCUCAUAUAUAUAUUAUUUGUUAAACAAAGUGUUUCAACUGUUUAAGUUAAUUAUGGAGUGGCUGCAAAGGAUUGCUGCCAGAUCUAAUAGAGAUCUUUCUGUAAAAGGUGUUAAUCCUGAAAGUAUAUGGGAUGACUGUUUAUUGAAAUUGAUAGACGGAUUAAGUGAGAUAGAGCACAGCAAUGUAUUUAAAAAGGAAAGCCAAAAAGUUGCAUUACUGGCAAAGAGCUUUUUGGAAACUAAUGAUGCAAUGAAUGAAUGGUGUCAACUUAAAAAGACCAGUAAUUGUUAUGUAUGUAGUACAACAAAACAAAAAAGGGAUGUUUUUUUAAAACAACUGAAAAAUGUAUGUGUUGUCACAAGGACUAGUUAUUUCCCUAGCCCCCCCAGCAAAACUGUGAAAUCUCCACAAAAGCUGUUAACAGAAGGGAGAUUGCCCCCAAGGCUCUCUUUUGAUAGUGACUUGGAAUCCACGUUAACUGAAACAAAAACUCAAAUAGAAAAUUCUCGGCAAUUGUUGAAAAGUUUUAGUAGGGAUCAAGAAAAUGAAGAUAUUAAUAUAAUGAAAGAAAUGCUUAGAAAUCAGACUGAUUUGUUGGAUAGAACCCAUAAAACCCUGUCUCACAUGUCUAAAGAAUUAGUCAUAAAUGUUACUAAUUUUGACAAUUUGCAGAGACAGAUUACUAAUCUGGGUAGUGCUACAGAUAUUUUGUGGAAAGCUACAAAUCAGAAAGAUUUGGAUUUUACUUUGAAAGAGGAAAGUGAAAAUGAAAUAGCUCAAAGGUUAAGUUGUGAAAACGGGCAGGCGAGAAGUGAAAUAGAAAAUAAAUUGGGAAAUGUACAAGGAAAGGGUCAGUUGGAUAUUCUCAAAUUAGCUAAAUUGAUUAAGGAUUUGCCUAAAUAUGAUGAAAAGAGAGGACCUUUUUACAAUAUGAGUGUUUUUGAAGGUGAAAUGAAUAAAAGACAAUUUGAUGAUGUGGUAGCCACAAGAGGUCUUUUGAUCUGGCUGCCAACUUCAUUAAGUGAAUGGGUUAAAGUUAAACUCAUUGAUGUGUUGGAAGGGAAGUCAAGUGAAAAGCCCCGAGUUGAGUUGGAGGAAUUGUUUCCAAAUAAUACACAGAGAUUGCUAAUGGUGGUACAGUGUGCAACUGGUGUGGAGAAUUUUCAAUUUUCUACUCUUGAUUCAUUUAAAAUGGAGAAAAAUGAUGAUAUAUGUGUUUGUGCUAAUUUGUGGAAUAAGGCAUGGAAUUUGAUUACUGAUACAGAACCAUCUGCUAUGUCUAAAGAACAACAUAAGCAGAGUGUUACUGAAUUUGUCUCUAGAAUAGCAGGGUUGCCAAAUGAGAUAAAAUUAAGAGCUUUUGAUUCACCCACAGUUGAUUUUGCUGCUACAGAAAUAAUGAAAUCUUUGCAAUUGUUGCAAAAGAAAAACACAGAAACAGCUAAGAUUUUUGCUUUCACAGACACAAUUUUCUCUAGGGAUACUUCAGCAGGUCUGGCCCCUAUUAACUAUGUGUCUCGUGAAGAAGGUAGAGGAAGAUAUGAAAAUAAUAAUAGAAAUGGUAAUUUUAGAGGGAGGUCUAUGAAUAAACCACAAAAUUACCAGGGUACUAGAAAUUAUUCGGCCCCAUCCCAAGAUAGAUAUUAUAGGGUUAGUCAGAAUAGUCCUAUGAUAUGCUAUAAAUGCAACCAAGAAGGUCAUGUUAGGAGAUAUUGUCCCAAAAAUGAAGAAACAAUCUUACACAGUGAAAGGGAAAGAAAAUGGCAUUGUGCCAGGCUAUAAGAAUCUACAGAGAGUGGCAGCUGUAGAAACCGAAAAUACAUCUUCAAACCCCCCUCAAAUAUCAAAUCCAUAUGAAGAGUGUAGACGGAUGUUAAAUGCCAUUGAAAUGAAGGUGGAAGCAGUCACAAGUCCACAAGUGAAUUCUGCUUACCACACUAAUAAAUAGGGAUGUGUAACCCCUAGUUGUUCUCUGGUCUAUCUCACUGAUAUUACUCUGGGUGAAGAUGGAAGGCCAUAUAUUUAUGGAACACUAGAGGGGAAUAUAACAGAGUUUUUAGUAGACACAGGAGCUGCAGUGUCUUUAACCAACAAAAGCUUGCCUUUAAAAAUUGAAGCACCAACAAUUUCCCUUCUAAGUUUUAAUGGAGCACAUGCCCAUGCAACUCUAUCCACUGAUAAUUACAUCAAAUUUGAAGGAGGUAAAAUAAAUUGUGACUUAUGGGUCGACCUCUCAUCCCACUGUACUAUUUUGGGGAUGGAUGUUAUCAAUGGAAAAAAGUUGUAUGUGGAUUUAUUGAAUUUGGUUUUGUGGCAAGCUCCAGGUGAGAGCAAAUCAGGUGGAGUGGUUAGACCUAAUGAUUUAGGAUGGUAUAGUCAUGUCAUGUCUGUAAAACAGGGUGAAGUGUCAUCUUCUAUACAAGAUGAUGAUUUUGUAACCUAUCUUAAAGAAAAAUACCCCACAGUAUGGUCUAAAUCUAAACAAGAUUGUGGGAGAAUGAAUUUACAAGUUGUCAUUGAAGGACCAGACCCUCCUGCAGUAAAACAAUAUAAAAUUCCAAAAGAAUCAGAAGAAGGUGUGAGUCAAGUGAUAGAGGCAUUGAUAUCUCAAGGAGUGCUGAGAGUGGGUAAUUCCAAAUGUAAUUCCCCUAUUUGGCCAAUAAUCAAGCCAGAUGGCUCUUAUCGUUUAAUUGUGGACAUGCGAGUGGUGAAUAAGUAUACCCCACCAGCAGCCCAUAUAGUGGCCUCCUCACCAGAUAUCAUGGCACAAGUAGACGCCAAUGCUAAGUAUUUUUCUGUUCUGGAUAUAGCCAAUGGGUUUUUCUCAAUACCAGUACACCCAGAUAGUCAGUAUCGUUUUGCUUUUACCUUUAAAAAUCAUCAAUAUCUGUUCCAGGUGCUGCCACAGGGCUUCCACUCCUCACCAGCUUAUUUUCAUAAAGCACUGGCUCAAGUAUUGGAACCCCUGGGGUAUGGGAGCAAGAUUUUGCAAUAUGUUGAUGAUCUGUUGGUUCAAACAGUAACAAGGGAAGAGCAUGAGCAGAUACUGUGUGAUAUUUGUCAAGCACUGGCAGAUAAUGGGUUAAAACUGAACACAUUCAAAGUGCAGAUCUUGAAAGAAAGCGUGGCUUUCUUAGGAGUAAAUAUAGAUCCAGCAGGUAAAACACCAAGAACAGCAAGGGUUAAAGCGUUACAGCAAUUGCCAAGGCCAAUGACAGUGUCUGAUCUAAGGAAAUUUUUAGGUUUGGUAAAUUUUAGCAGAGAAUUCAUCUAUGAUAUGGCAGGAAUAGCAAAACCCCUGUACAAUAUGCUAAAAGAUAGUGCUAAUACAGAUAAGCUACUCUGGACAGAGGAAGCUGAAAAGAGUUGGAACCUGUUAAAAGAUGCUCUUACACAAGCGCCUGUGUUAGCUGCUCCCAUUGAAACAGUACCAUAUAUUGUUCAAUGUUACGCAGGUGUCUCUUCAUUAAUAGCAGUUUUGAUGCAAAGGCAACAUGGCUCCUUACGAAUACUGGGAUAUUUUUCUAAAGUCAUGUCUCCAGUGGAAAGGGGAAUGUUUUCCUGUGUAAAACAGCUUUUGGCUGUAUGUUGGGCUUUAGAAGCAACACAACACAUUGUAGGAUUUGGACAGCUAAUUUUACAAACCCCCCACACACCUUUAAAACUGUUACACAAUUGUUCUGAUUUAGGAGUACAUAGCCAGAGGGUAGCUCAUUGGAUAUUGAAGUUACAAGAUAAACCACUCAAGGUAGAAAGCAGUAAGAGAUAUGUUAUUCCUGAGUUGAUAGAGAUAAGUGGAACACCUCAUGAUUGUCAAAAGAAUUAGAAAUUGAAUCUAAAUCUCCUUUUGAGAAACAAGCAAUACAAGGGGCUCCUUGUUUGUAUGUGGAUGGAACAAGAUUUUAUGCUGAUGGAUCACAUCACACAGGUUAUGCCAUUUAUGAUGAUCAUACAAAAGAAAUGCAGAGAUUUAAAUUGCCAGGCCAUAUGUCUGCUCAGAGAGCUGAGUUAGAGGCUGUAAGGAAAGCUCUUGAAAUAACAGCAUAUGACCCAGUGAAUAUAAUCAGUGACAGCAGCUAUGUAGUUAAAGCUUUAACACUUCAUCUCCCAAUAUGGAGAAAACGGGGGAUGGUAGAUUCACAGGACAAAGCUUUAAAACAUGCAGGUAUUUUGGCAGAACUGUUUGACUAUGCAGAAAAAAAGGGUUUAACUUGUGCUGUUGUUAAAGUUCAAGCACAUCAAAACAGGAAAAAUGGGGAUGAAAUGGCAGAAGGAAACAGACUUGUAGAUCAGGGAGCAAAGGAAGCUGCUUUAAUAGGAGAGUUGCAAUACUCAGAAAAUGUAAUGAUUGCAACUGUGAGUAAAAGACCAAUAUCAAAUCCCCUACAAGAUCUGAAAGAAAAUCAGAGUAAAGAUGUAGCUUUCAGUAGAGAAACAAUGGAUUUAGAUACUGAAACUGGCUUGUACGGGAUUAAACAUGAGGAAACACAAACGUUUGUACCAUUUGUACCUAGUGAUAUAUUACAGGAGUUGAUUGUAUUCAAUCAUCGUACACUGGGGCAUUUGGGUACAGAAAAACUGUUUAAGGUCCUGCAAAAUAAAUUUUAUCAUCCUAAUUUGAAACAAUGGUGUACAAACAUAGUGCAGGAGUGUCUCAUAUGUGCUCAAUUUAAUCCCAGACCUAAAGGUCAGAAACCAAAAUUAAAGAGAGUACCUUUGGCAAAAGGACCAUGGGACUCUAUACAAAUUGAUUUUAUUGGACCAUUACCUAUAGCUCCAGGAGGACUAAAGUACGGAUUGGUAAUUGUUGAUAUAUUCUCCAAAUGGGUGGAUUGUAUAGCUCUUACCAAUUGUACAGCGUUAACAACAUGUAAGGCGCUAUGGAAAUAUGUAUUUUCUGUAUGGGGUUUUCCCAGAAUCAUUGAAUCUGACAAUGGUCCACACUUCAUUGGAGAAGUACUUAAAGAGAUGUGUAAAUUGUUGGGGAUCCAACAAAGAUUUCAUGUCCCAUAUCAUCCACAGUCGGCUGGCAUAGUGGAAAGAAUGAAUAGGACACUGAAAUCUAGAUUGAAAAAAAUGCUUGAAGAUAAAGGGAGUAGUUGGGUAACACACUUACCAGGAGUUUUAAUGUCUAUUCGUGCAACUCCAAACUCCAAAACGCAAGUGUCACCUCAUGAGUUAAUGACAGGCAGAACCAUGCCAAUUACUUUCCCCAAUGAACCUUUUGUUCCAAGUACUUUCAAAUUUGCUGCAGAACAUGCUGAAUGGUUAAAAGUAUUACAAGAACAGCUGCAGUCAGUUUUGAAGUUUGCUGCUUUGAAUAUGGCCCCUUCUGGUAAACAAUGGGUUAAAGAUGUAACUCAGGGGAAUUAUGCAGAUAAGUUUAAACCAGGAUACAAAGUGAUGGUAAAAUCAUUUAGAACACCAGGUCCCUGGCAGGCAGGUUGGGAAGGACCUUAUAUUAUUCUAAAGAAAUUAGGACAAACUGUCUUACAGGUUCAAAGAGCAAAAGUUGGUAGGAAAUGUAAUAAAGCAAUUCUUGUGCAUAUUGAUCAAUGUAAACUCACUAAUGUAUAAGAAUAGUAAACUGCCAUCUGUUUUUCAUUACAGAAUCAAUAAUGUUUGUUCAUGGACAAAGACUGUUUAAUUUUAAAAAGGACAAAUUGUUUGGACUAUCAAAAGACACUAUGGACAAAAAGACUGCUCUCAUGAAUGCGAUUGGAGAGGACAUUACUUCACGGACUAAAUCAAACCGAUUGGGGUUUCUUGAUAAUGUAACCUUUAUAAAAUUGCAUAGCAUCAUACUGUUUUUAAUCAUGAUGAUGUUAGGUACAAUCAAUGCCCAAGGUACAGGUACUCCAGAUUGUGAUAUUAGAGAUACUUUUUCUAAAUGUACAGCAUUCCCCUAUGAGUGUAAAGUGAGAUAUUGUAAGACUCCUGAUGUUGAUUAUUGUGGAUGCAUUAAUGUAGACACAUCUGAGGAUGCAAUAUCCGGUGCGCUCAUAUUCCAUGAUAACCAAGAACCAUGUAUGACAUAUCUAUCAGUUGACGGACGAAUUGAUUUAAUCAUUAAUAUUACCAAGGAUCGGACAUAUAUAAUGCAAAAUAAUACGGAGAGUAGGUGUGUGGUACCUACUGGUAUAGACAACACCCUUACCCUUACUAUGUUUAAUGUGAGAAGUGUUAACGAUGAUGGGUUAAUUUGCUACAUGUACUUAAUAGAUACACUUGUUAAUCCUUACACAAAUACUAAAGUAAAAGUACUCGAACAAACACAAGACAGCUCAUUUACCUAUCAAAACCCAGCUAAAUGUGCAGGCCAAGUCACUAUGUGGCCUUGGCAUCCAAAAUCAAGAAAACCUUCAUGGUUAUGGACACCUAUUUUUGUUAUGAGAAAUAUAAUAAAUAGGAAUGGAAACACUGUUUCUCUUUCAUAUGCAUUCACAAUCACAACAUUUCAUGAUAAUUGGACUCCAGAACAAAGAAUAACAGAUGAUUGUAAUCUUGUAGAAGAGGAAGGAAAAGAUCCCAUUAGAAUAUACAAAGAUGAUGAUCACAAAGUCUUAUUUGGGGCUUCAUUUAGUAUAUACACAUAUUCAUUGAACAUGUCAGAAUGGGACAUUACACGUACAUUCCCACAAUGUCAGGAAUAUACAGUAGGAAUACAACAAGAUUUCUAUUAUUGGUUAAAACAAGACACCACUUUCUCAAGACCAGUGAAUACACGAAGAAAACGUGAGUGGUAUAACACAGUAUUAGGUGGUUUAGGUGUAGGAGCAAGUAUGAUAAAUGGAGUAAAUAUAGAAUCAUUAGCAGCUAGAAUGAGUACACUAGCAGCUGCAGGUAGCAAAUCACAGGAUGCUUCAUUGUUAUUAUCUAAGAUACAAAUGCAAACAGUUAUCAACAACUACAGAACAGACAUUUCCAUUAUUAAGAAUCUCAUUAAUAAAAAGUAUAAUAUCAGUGUAGGAAUGGAAAAGAUUGCAAGUGAUACCUCUUUAGCCUUAGGAUGUAUAGCUUUACAAAUGGACAUCAAUACUAAUGCAAAAAUAUUUCUGCAAGCUCUUUUUAACCAUCAAUGGCCUUAUGAAGUCCCUCUUGAAGUGCCUAAAAUAAGUUUUUACUACAGAGCUUUUUGGCAUACACAAUGGUUAGGAUGUCUGGAAGACACAAUAGAAAAAUUGUGCUUUUGCUAUUUUUCUCCCUACUAGAGGAGUUAAUUACAACAGAUUCAAGUAUAUUGAUUUGGGUAAAAUAGUGAAUUCUAAAUGGAUAAAAAUGGAUAAUAAGCAAAAUGAUAAAAUCCUAGUGGGAGUAAAAACUGUAGAAUACAUGCUGAAUACAGAAAAUUGUUUGUUAAACGAUGGUGAUUAUGUCUGCCCUUAUGGUGUUAAUGUUCUAGAAGAGGUAUCAUGGUGCUGGGAGAAUAAUGACACAUGUCAAAUGAAAUUAAAUAAAAUACCAAUUCAACCAGCAUGGACAUACAAUAAAGGCAUGAUAUGUUGGCAUCAAAUAGAAGGAAAAACAGAAAUACAUGAGAAAAAUUGUUCUGAGACAGUAAGCUUAGCACCAGGUAGUUAUUGUACAAAGAGACCUGCUUUGUCAGUAACCACCAAGGAUAUAAGGGGUAAAUAUUAUGAUAUAAUACCACCCAUACUAAAAAGGACUGAUUCAAUUAUGAAAUAUGAUCAACGUACUUUAUAUAAUGUAAACAUAGGUUACGGAGUUGAUUUCUAUAAGCAGUUAAAGAACAAUGAAGAGUUAUUACAAGUUAUUGAUAAAGCUGCGACUGGAGUACAUAACACUUUAGUACAAAUACAUACAGUGCAAGGUAUGAUUAAAAGCAUUAAACAUGAUUAUAUCGAAGAAACCACAUCCUGGUGGCAACGGUGGUUUGGUGGACAAAAGAAAGGAUUAGUUAUGGGUAUGACACACUUCAUAACUCAUCCUUUGGUAAUUUUGAUAAUUAUUACUAUGGUUUUAUUCUUCUUUAGUUGUUAUAUGUCUAAAAGAAUCAAUCGUUUACGGUCUUAACUGAUGGAUGUGGAAUACAAAUGUAAAUUCCUGACUACAAAAUUAAAGUUUUACAAGGAAAUGGAAUAAAUUAUGAUGCAUUAUAUUUACAUAAAAAGCAUCAAAGGGGAACUUGAAAAAUAUUUUUAUAAACUUUAAAUGUAUUCAACGUGUUGUAGGAAUGUAGAAAUAUUGUAAGUUAUUAUUCUAAGCAUAUCCAGACAUCGAGAGGCCCCUACCCAGAUAGAUUACUAUCAUAAUGUAAUUUAUACACAUACUGUAAUUUACACACAUAUGGUUUUAAGUCAAGAAUGAUGGAUGGAGACUUGUGGAUCCUGUUGAUAAUAACCUUUGACCUAGCCUUGUAAGCCUGAAUUCCUGUGAAAGGUUCACAUUUCUAUAGGCAAUCAUUCAUUCAUUCAUUUAAUUAGAAGUCUCAAGAAGGUCUUUGUGUGUAACUUACCAAAACAUCAUAACGUAUGGCUUUAAUCAUAGAUAUCGAAUAAUACUAAGUUACCACCUAUUUUUUCUUAGAUAACCAAUUAUUGUAAAGCAGGCAAACCUUAUGUCAUUAUGUAUACGCCCCAUGUAAUUGAAUUUUAAAUGUAUAUAAUCCAUUGCAGCUAGAAUACCAAUACCAAUAGAAUACCAAUACCUUUUAACAUCAAGCUUGGAUAAGAUCUAGAAGUGAAUAUACAUUGUCUAUUGGUCCAUAUGAUUUUAAACCAGACUUUUGUUGUUACCGGAUGAUGUGUAUAUUGUAAUAAAUAUACGGUUUUAACUGCAAGACACUCUGAUUCGAUUUGUUCAGAAAACUGGAAAACAAAUAUCUCACGGAAUGCAAAUUUCCUAC